GCGUUAAUCGACCACCCAAAAAAGCUUCUACCCUCUUCCGUUGAACCAUUACAGCGCGAUCCACCGUCGACGGUGUCGAUUCGGUGUCAGUCAGUCUGUACAGUUCAAUCGUGGAGGCGAUUUGGAUUUGAUUAUUUAUCCCACACACAGCCACAACACAGCGCACAGCGGGAUGAUGUAAUUCGUUCGAAAUAAACAUCUCUUGCGCGUACCGUUCGCGCGACCGACCAUUUGGCGUAAGCAUUGUGCACUUAUACGCAAACGCACCGCCGAACGUAACGGACGCGAACGCUCGCGGACUGGAAAUUAUUACUUUUUCUAAAAUAAUACAAAGUGUGACCAGUAUUUCGGUUGGUGGUGUACAAAGUGUGUGGACAAAGCAUAGUGUCAGUUGAAGAAACUCGCUUAGGCAAAUUUUCACCCUCUUUCUGGAAAAGAUGGGACUGAAGAGUAAGCUGUUCAAGACGGGCGUGGUGCUGUUGCUGAUUGCCGUUCUGCCUGGCCUGCCGCCGAAAACGGUGUUCCCGUUCAGGCCGAUCAGCAUCGUGCCGGCCCGACCGCUGGCCGGCGUGCUGGCCCCGAACCAGCUGCUUAACGGAGCGGAACGGCUGCACGAGGGCGGCCUCCAGCAGCCGGAAGGGAUUGCGGUGCGCGGUAACGCUACCUACGUUACGGUUUACGGUGGCAAGAUACUGGAGCUGGGCGACCAGGGCUCGGUGCGCACGGUGGCCAAGCUCGGGCCGGACUGUGUCGGCACCUACUCGGAACGGGUCUGCGGACGGCCGCUGGGGCUCGAUUUCGAUACGAAAGGGAACAAUCUCAUCGUGGCCGACCCGUACCUCGGCAUCUGGCAGGUGCACAUUAAAACGGGCGACAAGAAGCUGCUCGUCCCGAAGGACAAAGCCAUCAUCGUGGAGGAUCGAGAGCAAUCGUCUUCGUCGUCGUCGGAGGCGGCCCGAAAGCUGCGCACCCGCCAACCGAACAUCCCGAACGGGGUGGCGGUCGCGCGCAACGGUGACUUCUACUGGUCGGACACGGCGUCCGACUUUAUCUUCGAGGACGCGAUCCAGGCGCUGCUGUGCAAUCCGUCCGGCCGGCUGCUCCACUACUCCCGUGCCGAGGGCAGGAGCCGCGUCCUGAUCGACGAGGUGUACGGCGCGAACGGUGUCGUGCUCAGCCCGGACGAAAGCUUCGUGCUGGUCGGCGAGCUCGGUGGCCAGCUGAUCCGGCGGUACUACCUGAAGGGACCGAAGGCGGGCACGCACGACGUGUUCGUCGACGGGUUGCCCGGUGCGGUGGACAAUCUGAACGGUGAUGCGACCGGGUUCUGGGUCGGGCUGGUCAUUGGGGCCGACGAGAGCAAUCCAUCGUUCGUCGGUAUGCUGGCACCGUUCCCGAACUUGCGCCGGCUGCUGGUGCGUUUGUUCGUGCUGGCGGAGGCUCCGUUCCGGCUGUGGUACGACGCGACCGGCAGUGACUUUGCGCUCUGGGUGACGCAUCAUAUUGGCCACCUCGGGGGGCUGGUGCCACUGUUCCCGGACCGUGGUACCGUGCUGCGGAUGGACUGGGAGGGUAAUAUCGUGCUGGCACUGCACAACGACGACACGUCCAGCCAUGUCAUCUCGCAGGCCGUGCCCGUCCCCGGGACGGACCAGCUGCUGCUCGGCUCGCCCGUCAACCAGUGGCUGGGACGGGUGAAGCUAACGCCCGACACGCUGGCCGUGCUGAGGGGCGGGAAAGUGGACCGAAAGCAACCCGCAACCGAAGCGCCCUCUAGGGAGGAACUGUAGAACUGCGGGACUUUUUCUUUCCGGAACUCGAGCUCGUUUGCAAUAAAAAACUCGAACCAAGUACAAUUUA